UAGUUUGUUAUUUUCCUGUUAACAUUGCAUUUAAGUUACUGCGAGCAAUAAUUACGUUUUAAUAUCGCUUCUAAAUCAUUUCUAUACGAAGUCUUGUGGUUAGUGCACGCUUGCAUCAAGACAGGAUAAAAAUGCAGGCAAUAUAUUUAUCUCUUUUUUUGUUUUUAAAAUACAUCAUCUAUGCGGAUGGACAACAGAAAAACCAUUUCUUUCGAGAUGACUACAAAUAUAUGGAAGAAACGAAGAGCUUCUACAAAAUUCAUACAAUGUACAGGUCAUGGGAGAAAGCAAAAACAAAAUGUUCUCUCGAAGGUGCAAAGUUGUUCUAUGCUGAAGACGAGAACGAAGUCGACAUGGUACUUGCUGAUCUGAAUAACACACAUCCUAUAAUCGGAUGGGUGUAUGUCGGAAUUUCAUCACAUCUUGCUAAAGGAGUAUUCAAGACUGUUGAUGGGGUCGCAGUUAGAGCUAUUUACAAUGUGUGGGGUCCCGGCGAACCGAAUGAUAACAACGGUGAAGAAAACUGCGUCGUACUUCGCAGAGAUGGAACACUGAAUGAUGAGAAAUGUUCUAAUAGGUAUCCGUUUAUUUGCAAGAAAACUUUACAGUCCCUCAAAUGGAACGAAGAAUGCAACACACCUUAUUUAGGUAUGGACAAAGUACAAGGCUCGUACUUGAGCGGCGCCGUACACUUGGGUUUCUACUACGAUCAGACUCAAAAGAGUUGGAGAACAUUCACAGGUGACACACUAGAGGAAGCAGGCUACUCAUCGUGGGCUGGCAACCAGCCCGACGGCGGAGAGAACGAGAGAUGUGGCUCAAUGUUCUACGAGGGAUCUUUGAAUGACAUCGGCUGUGAUACUCACAGAUGUUUCUUCGUAUGUGAAAAGGAAAACAAAACUACAAGUUUCGUUGAUGAUAAAAUUAACGAAGUGUAGAAUAAUCAAUGAUCAUUCAAUGAGUUACUUUGUAUUAAUUAUGACAAUAUAAGAGUCAAACUUUACGUCAGCUCGUGGUUCGCGAGCUCAAGUAUUAUUGCAAAUAUUAUUAGUAAGAUUGGCUUUAAAUUGGCCCAAAACUGUAGUGCAAAAUUACGAGUCGCUAUAAAGAUUGGAUCAUGUGUACCUUCAUUCAAUAUUCUAGUAAUUUAUUUUAAUAAAAUUUAAUAUUC